AUGUCUGCCAGCGGCGACCCCAAAUACGACGACAUCGAGUCCGAGUCUGACUCCGGCGAGUCUGUCGGCCACAACGAGGCUGGCGACGAGAAGCCCCUCAAGUCGGCUCUCAAGAAAUCCAACCCAGCUAUCGCAGAGCCCGCGACUCAAAGACCUCCUCUGCCCCCACAAACCGACCCUAAAGAUCUCGAUGUUGCCAGCCUGACCCCCUUGACGCCCGAGAUUAUUGCCCGUCAAGCUACUAUCAAUAUUGGUACCAUUGGCCAUGUAGCUCACGGAAAGUCCACCGUCGUCAAGGCUAUCUCUGGUGUCCAAACUGUGAGGUUCAAGAAUGAGCUCAUCCGCAACAUUACCAUCAAGUUGGGCUAUGCCAACGCCAAGAUCUACAAAUGCGACAACCAAGCAUGCCCUCGCCCUGGAUGCUACCGCAGUUACAAGAGUGAGAAGGAAGUUGACCCUCCUUGUGAGAGAGAUGGCUGUGGCGGUACCUACAGGCUAUUGCGACACGUCUCAUUCGUCGAUUGCCCUGGUCACGAUAUUCUCAUGAGCACCAUGUUGUCAGGCGCUGCCGUCAUGGACGCCGCUCUCCUUCUCAUCGCUGGUAACGAAUCUUGCCCUCAGCCCCAAACCUCUGAGCACUUGGCAGCUAUUGAGAUUAUGAAGCUCGACAAGAUCAUCAUUCUGCAGAACAAGGUCGAUCUUAUGCGAGAAGAGGCUGCGCAGCAGCACUACCAAUCCAUCCUCAAAUUCAUCCGAGGAACUGUCGCCGGCAAGUCCCCAGUCAUUCCCAUCUCUGCCCAGCUCAAGUUCAAUAUCGAUGCCGUCAACGAGGCCAUUGUCAACACCAUUCCCGUUCCUCCCAGAGACUUCAGCAUAGAUCCUCAUAUGAUCGUCAUUCGAUCAUUCGACGUCAACAAGCCUGGUUCCGAGAUCGAUGACCUCAAGGGUGGUGUCGCCGGUGGUUCUAUUCUCCACGGUGUUGUCAAGCUUGGUGAUGAGAUUGAGAUCCGACCUGGUAUUGUUUCCCGAGACGAUAGCGGUGCCCUCAAGUGCACACCCAUUUUCAGUCGAGUCGUCUCGCUUAACUCCGAAGCCAACGACCUCAAGUACGCCGUGCCCGGUGGUCUCAUCGGUGUCGGCACCCGAAUCGAUCCUACUCUGUGCCGAGCCGAUCGUCUGGUCGGUUUCGUCUUGGGUCUCAAGGGCCGCCUUCCCGAGAUCUACAGUGAGAUCGAGGUCAACUUCUACCUUCUCCGCCGCCUGCUUGGUGUGAGGACCGCCGAUGGUAAACAAGCCAAGGUUGCUAAGCUCGCUAAGAACGAGGUUAUCAUGGUCAACAUUGGCUCUACCUCCACUGGCGCCAAGGUUGCUGCCAUCAAGAACGACGCUGCUAAGCUUGUCCUGACCAGCCCUGCCUGUACCAAUAUCGGCGAAAAGGUUGCUCUGAGCAGACGUAUUGAGAAGCAUUGGCGUCUCAUCGGUUGGGCUACCAUUGCUGCUGGUGUGACCCUUGAGCCCAGUACUGCUUAG